AGAGAGGACGACAUAACAAAAUAUUAAUUAAUGAAUAAUACGUUAUUAUAAGUGGACUUUGUGUGAGCAUGACCACAUAUACCGAUAAAGGAGAAAAACCUGAAGCUGGAAGAUUCUUAGGCUUCGAUCAUAUCAAGUUCUACGUUGGAAAUUCUAAGCAGGCAGCUAGUUUUUAUGUGACAAGAUUGGGUUUCGAAUAUCUAGGAUACAAAGGUUUAGAAACAGGGGAAAGAAAGUAUGCUAGUCAUGCUGUUAAACAAAACGAGGUCAUAUUCGUAUUUCAAUCAGCUUACAGUCCGGAGGAGGAAGAGGUGAAUCAACACGUAGCUAAACAUGGAGAUGGGGUAAAAGAUGUAGCUUUUACUGUUGAUGACUUGGACAGUAUUGUGCUGAAAGCUAAACAAAGGGGUGCAAAAAUAAUAAAAGAUAUUACACAAGAAUCUGAUCUAAAUGGAUUUGUGAGAUAUGCAACAAUACAAACAUAUGGAGAUACCACCCACACACUCAUCGAUAGAAGUCUCUACAGAGGUCUUUUUUUGCCAGGUUACGUACCUUCACCACAAGAUAAUGUGUCGAAGAUGUUGCCAAGUGUAAAAUUAGAUUUUAUUGACCAUGUUGUGGGAAACCAACCCGAUAAUGGUAUGGAAUCCGCAGCAAAAUGGUAUGAAGACGUUCUUCAGUUUCACAGAUUUUGGUCAGUAGAUGAUACCCAAUUACAUACUGAAUACUCAGCCUUAAGGUCCAUUGUUAUGAGCAAUUGGGAGGAGAAUAUUAAACUUCCCAUCAAUGAACCUGCUCCUGGUAAGAAAAAGAGUCAAAUUGAAGAAUACGUUGAGUAUUAUGGAGGAGCAGGUGUACAACAUAUUGCUCUUAAUACCAAAGAUAUCAUAACUUCUGUGAAAAAUUUAAAGGCAAGAGGAGUCGAAUUUUUAGAUAUUCCAGAUGAAUAUUACAACAUUCUCAGAAAAAAAUUGGGUGAAAGUAACAUACAAAUCUUAGAGGACAUAAAAAUAUUACAGGAGUUGAAAAUUCUGAUCGAUUAUGACGAAGAUGGGUACUUGCUUCAGAUCUUCACAAAAAAUCUUCAAGAUAGACCAACAUUAUUCAUAGAAGUUAUUCAAAGAAGAAACCACAAUGGGUUUGGAGCAGGAAAUUUCAAGGCACUAUUCACAGCAAUUGAAAUUGAGCAAGCUAAACGUGGUAAUUUGUAAAAUUUUCCACUACAUAUAUAGUAUUUAUCAUAUUUUUUAUAUUUAUAUACAGCGUCUUUGUUUUACUAUUAUAUCCUGCAAAAAAGCUGAAUAAAGUAUUUAUUUCUUA